AUGGUGCUGACACCCACGCCGGGGUCUGAGACAACGGCCCUGGACAGAAUCGAGCGCAAACUCCGGGACCUGACUGCCACUAUGGUCACAAGGACCGACCUCCAGACCCUCACAGCCACCAUCCAGGACACGCUGCGGUCGGAGGUGGCGGGACAUAUCACUGCGGCGGAAGAGGCGGCUGCGGCCCUCACUACCCGCAUGGCAUCCACCGAUACUGCUGUGGCACGCCAGGGGGACAUGCUGCUCUCCAUACGCCGUCACCUGGAAGAUGUGGAUAACAGAGGCAGGAGAUGCAACAUCCGCGUACGCUGA